CCGACCAAUCGAACAAGGAGCGGAAGUGCAGCAUGAGGAGGAAAAUAGAUGUGUUGUGCAUGAAGUUAGUGAGCUGAUGUGAACUUCUAUUAACGCUAAAGUAAGCAGUUUAAGGCGGUGACUUGCUGACGGACCCCCUCCGCUGAUAGACAGUCCUGCUGGACCAACCCGUCGCUUCUCUGAGAGCAGGAACGACUCAGCCAGGAUGGAUCCAGCUUUACUGAGGGAGCGGGAGCUGUUCAAGAAACGGGCGCUGUCCAAUCCGGCUGUAGAGAGGAGACAGGCUGCCUCCGACUCGCACAAGAAGAAGAAGCCCAAAGUUGACAAGGAGGGCUCCUCUGGUUCCAAACACGGCGCCGAGUCCAGUAAUGGCAACAUUAACAUCAAGACGAGCUCUGGGUACAAGUUUGGCUGCCUCGCCAAGAUAGUCAAUUACAUGAAGACACGGCAUCAGAAUGGCGAUACACACCACCUGACCCUGGAGGAGAUCCUGGAUGAGACCAAACUUCUCGACAUCAGCAUGAAACAGAAACAGUGGCUCAUGACCGAGGCCUUGGUCAACAACCCCAAAAUCGACGUCCGCGACGGGACGUACGGCUUCAAGCCCAAAUACAACCUGAAGGACAAGAAAGCCCUCCUGAGGCUGCUGGACAAACACGACCAGCUGGGCCUGGGAGGAGUGCUGCUGGACGACGUGGAGGAGGGGCUGCCCAAUUCAGCCAAGGCCAUCAAGGCUUUAGGGGAUCAGAUCAUCUUUGUCACAAAACCAGAUAAGAAGAAGAUCCUCUUCUACAACGACAAACACUGCCAGUUUACGGUAGACGAAGAAUUCCAGAAAUUGUGGAGGAGUGUUCCAGUUGAUUCCAUUGAUGACGAGAAGAUUGAUGAGUACCUGAAGAAACAGGGCAUCUCCUCCAUGCAAGAAACCGGACCAAAGAAAGUGUUACCAAUUCUAAAGAGAAAGAAGCAAGGGCAGAGGAAGAGACACUUCAAGACCCACAACAACCAUUUGGCAGGCGUUCUGCAGGAUUAUUCAGAGGGCGUCCCCGUUAAGAAGUGAGACGCUUUCCCCUCGCUGCCUCGUCCCCUCAGAGACGUGAUGGAGCCCCCGGCCACACACGACAACAGAGACUUUCUCAUGGCUGUCUGUUAAGCUUGUUUUCCUUUCUUUGCACUCCUCUCAGUGAUCAGUGGUCGUGUAUUACAUGGAGUGUACAGCAGCUGUGUUGUGGAAUCCCUUUUAGUUUGUUUAUUGAUCAGUGAUAACUGGAGGAAAAAGAAAAAAAAAAAAAAAAAAAAAAGUACUGAGACCAUUUAACCAAAAGCACCUCUCUUGAAAUGAGGUUUCUUCAUUUUAUUUAGUGUAUCGCAAAGGGUUGGUGAGGGUGUGUGUGGAAGCUUUUACUUUGAAGGGCAGCGGUCCUCACCAGAAGACAGGCUUGUGUUGUGCAGUGCAUCACACAUUGAGCUCCCUCAUCCAGCAUGAACCGUCUUACUUCUCGUGGACUUUCAAAGUAUUUCAAUUCUUUUCACUUUGCAGCAAGAUGCGGCGUAGUGGUUUAAAAUACUAAAACUUUUUGGAACUUAUUUUAAUAAAUGACACUG